GUGUGCAUUAACUUUGGGAUAUCUGAGCUGAGUACUAUUAAGUACAGUCAACGAGGUUCUAUAUCUAGCAAAGAAGGAACGAAGCUCCUGCACUGGAUCUUGUGUUCAGGUGCUACCAAGGUAACAUGGAAAUGCAGUGUGCAAUAAAAAAAGAUGUCACUGAACUAAUUGGAAACACUCCAAUGAUGUAUCUAAACAAAGUUGUGGAAGGUUGUGUGGCCCGCAUUGCUGCCAAGUUGGAAUCAAUGGAACCCUGCUCAAGUGUCAAAGACAGGAUAGCAUGGAGUAUGAUCAAGGAUGCUGAGGACAAGGGUCUCAUUACACCAGGGAAGACUGUCCUUGUUGAGACUACUAGUGGAAACACUGGAAUUGGGUUGGCAUUCAUUGCAGCACUUAAAGGUUACAGGCUAAUCCUAGCAAUGCCAGCUUCAAUGAGUCUUGAGAGGAGAAUUGUGCUCUCCGCGUUGGGAGCUGAGUUGCAUCUCACUGAUCCUGUUAAGGGCUUCAAAGGUAGUUUUCAAAAGGCUGAGGAACUACUGAGGGAGACCCCUGAUGCUUUCAUGCCUCAUCAAUUUGAAAAUCCUGCAAACCCAAAGAUUCACUAUGAAACCACUGGCCCUGAGAUAUGGAGAGAUUCUGGAGGGAAAGUUGAUGCACUUGUAGCAGGUAUAGGAACUGGGGGUACAAUAACAGGUGCAGGGAAAUUCCUCAAGGAGAGAAACCCGGAAAUAAAGGUCCAUGGAGUGGAACCAUCUGAAAGUGCAGUCUUGAGUGGAGGAGAGCCAGGCAAGCACCUGAUUCAGGGAAUUGGUGCUGGAAUUGUUCCUGCUGUGCUGGAUGUUAAUCUGCUUGAUGAAAUUAUUCAGGUAUCAAGCGAGGAAGCUAUAGAAACAGCCAAGCAGUUAGCCCUGAAAGAAGGUCUACUGGUAGGUAUUUCAUCUGGAGCCGCAGCUGCAGCAGCAAUAAAAUUAGGAAAGAGGCCAGAAAAUACUGGGAAACUCAUUGUUGUGGUGUUCCCUAGUGCCGGAGAGCGUUACCUGUCUUCUCCUUUGUUUGAUUCCAUUAGACAUGAGGCAGAGCAGAUGACUUUUGAUUAGGGACCUGUCACUAGACCUGCUGCUGGUUAAGAGCCUUUAGAUUAACACAUAAAUUUUUAUUUGCAUAAGUCAGAAGUAAAGAGUUGUUCUUGUAAUUCAUCAUUAUAAGAACAAAUUGAAUUAUAGUGGUAAAAGUUACAUUAGACAUCAGCACUAAUAA